CUAAUAUUUAAAUUUAAAAUUGAUUAUAAAGUUAAUUUCAGUUUUUAGAGCAUAUAACUUAUAUUAUUUUUUGUUCUCUUCCAGUCAACAAUUCUGCUUCUACAAUAUCUGCUAAUAUUAAUAGCAUCCCUGUGCUUAACGGCACGAAUUUUAAGGAAUGGAAAGAGAACGUUAUGAUUGUUCUCGGUUGCAUGGAUCUAGACCUUGCACUCCGGACUGAGAAACCCGCCGCUCUUAAGGACUCAUCUACCCUUGAUGAAAAGAGGGAGAUGGAGAGGUGGGAACGCUCAAACCGCAUGAGUCUGAUGAUCAUGAAACGUGCAAUUCCAGAAUCAUUCAGGGGCACUAUGUCUAAUGAGGAUGAUGCCAAAUCGUUCCUUGCCGAACUUGAAAAGCGUUUUGCUAAAAACGAAAAGGCGGAAACUAGUACUCUUUUGAGCACUCUUGUUUCCAUGAAGUACAAAGGCAAAGGGAACAUAAGGGAGUACAUUUUGGAAAUGUCUCAUAUUGCUUCAAAACUAAAUGCACUUAAGCUCAUUUUGCCUGAGGAAUUGCUUGUGUAUAUAGUUUUGAUCUCUCUUCCUUCUCAAUUUAAUCAAUUUAAAGUCAGUUACAAUUGCAUUAAGGAGAAAUGGUCUCUCAAUGAGCUCAUUUCUCAUUGUGUUCAAGAGGAAGAGAGAAUAAAGCAAGAUAAGACUGAAAGUGCUCAUUUGACAUCUACCUCUAAGGGCAGCAAGAAAAGGAAAUUUAAGGAAGCUGUAAAUUCAGGACCUCAAAGAAAGCAUCAUAAGGAAACUAAGGAAGAAACUAAGGAAUCUGGAUGCUUCUUUUGCAAAGGGACUAAUCACAAGAAAAAGAACUGCACUAAGUACCACGCCUGGGUUGCCUGAGCUGCCGAAAACCAAUUGAUGGUGAAAGAUACAUCUAUGUCGGUGAUGUCAAGCGGGUUGAAGUUGAGGCUAUCGGCGUUUUUAGAUUAUUAUUAAAGACUGGUUUUUAUUUGGAUUUGAAAGAGACAUUUAUUGUACCGUCAUUCAGGCGGAAUUUAAUUUCUAUGUCUGCAUUGGACAAAUUUGGUUAUUCUUGUUCAUUUGGAAAUAGUCAGUUCAGUCUAUUUCAAGAUUCAAAACUUAUUGGUACUGGUCUUUUAUCAGUUUAUGAUAAUCUAUAUUCACUUGAUAUAAUUGCCUCAUAUAAUGAAACCUUGUAAGUAAGUACUCGUGGUACUAAAAGAAAAUUAACCAAUGAGAAUUCAUUAUCACUUUGGCACAAGCGUUUAGGACAUAUUUCUAAAGAAAGAAUUCAGAGACUUGUGUCCGAUGGAAUUCUUGAUUCUCUUGACUCCUCAAAUUCGGAUAUUUGUGUUGAGUGUGUUAAGGGAAAACAAACGAACAAAAGGAGAUUAUGUGCCGAGAGAGCUUCAGAUCUAUUAGAAUUGAUAUAUACUGAAAUUUGUGGACCAUUCCCUACACCAUGUAGAAAUGGUCAAACAUAUUUUAUCACAUUCAUAGAUGAUUACUCUCGUUAUGGUUACCUUUAUCUCAUUCAUGAAAAGUCCCAAUCAAUAGACGUGUUCAAAUCUUAUAAGGCCGAAGUUGAAAAUCAAUUAGGCAAAAGAAUUAAAACUGUUAGAUCUGACCGUGGUGGUGAAUACUAUGGUAGAUAUGAUGGUUCCGGUGAACAACGUCCAGGUCCAUUUGCUAAAUUCCUAGAGGAGUGUGGUAUUGUUCCUCAGUACACUAUGUGCCUGGAACUCCUAGCAUGAAUGGUGUUGCUAAGAGACGAAACCGUACAUUCAAGGACAUGGUUAGGAGUAUGAUUUGUCAUACCACUUUACCGGAUUCACUCUGGGGAGAGGCACUGAAAACUGCAGCUUACAUACUCAACAGAGUUCCCACUAAAGCUACAACUAAGACCCCUUAUGAAAUUUGGACUGGAAGGAAACCCAGUAUAAAUCAUUUCCAUGUUUGGGGUUGUCCAGCUGAGGCAAGGCCUUAUAGGCCAAAUGAAAAGAAACUGGACUCUAGAACAGUUAGUAGUUAUUUUGUAGGAUACUCUGAGAGGUCAAGGGGGUAUAAAUUUUAUGAUCCCACUUCCAGGACUAUUUUUGAGACGGGAAAUGCCCGGUUCUUUGAGGAUAUUGAGUUUGGGGGGUGGGGAGAUAAGGUUAGAGAUUUUGUCCUUGAGGUAGAGCAUGUUACUCUUCCUUCAGUUGUCAUUGAACAUGAUCAAGAUAUUUUUAUUCCUAAUAAUGUUCAAGAAACAACUCCAGUUCAGGACAAUCUCGAAAACAUCCCCAAUCAGGUACCUGAAAUUAUUAAUGAGGAUCAAACUCAACAACCUCAAGAACCUGAGGUGCCAUUAAGGAGAUCCACUCGAGAGAGGAGAAGUGCAAUUCCGGAUGAUUAUAUUGUAUUUCUCCAAGAACAUGAGGAAAAUUGGGAUUUGGUGGAAGAAAUAAUUGUCUUCCUCCAAGAACAAGAAUCAGAUGUUGGUUUUGCGGAAGAUGAUCCAAUCAACUUCCGUCAAGCCAUGGAAAGUUCUAACUCUCAAGAAUGGAUUAAUGCCAUGAAAGAUGAGAUGAAG